AUGGCUAGCCGACCCGUAUACCCGCCUUCUGGAGUACAAGAAACUCCUCGUAGCGAAGUAGAUCUGGACUUGGCCCUUCACCUUCAAGAGCUCGAGAUCAACAACCUUAAGGACACCGUCGCCAACCAAAAGGACGCGAUUGCCGACCACAGGGAAGGAUCGAAAGAUCUCCGCGAGGCCGUCAAGGACCUUCGCCACGUCAUCAAGAAUCUUCGGGAGCGUAAUGGCGACCUUCAAGAGCUCAAUAGCCACCUCGCUGUCAAGAACGCGGCACACAUCGACCAGCGAGACAAGCUUCAAGAGACCAAGAUUGAGCUAGCAGAGCUUCGGGACGAUCAUGUUGAGCUCAACGACAACUUCAACCGCGACAAGAACCUCAUCGAAGGGCUGAAAGCCAAGGUCAAGCAGCAAGACGGCAUCAUCAAUGGUCUCAAAAGGCACAACGACGCCGUCGAUAGCAAGCAGCGUUUCACCAUCGUCGAGCUCACUGUCGCGAUCAAGGCCAAGGACGAAGCGUUCCAGACACUGAACAGUGAGCAUGAGAGGCUUCAGGCCACCUACGCGACUACGACCAGCGACCAUGGUGCUGCUAUAAGGAACUCCUCUGCAUCACGCAUGGCUCUGGAAGAAGAGCUGGAAGAGUUGAAGGAUGAGCUGAAAGAACUUCGCGACUACUACGAGGGCAACGAGGAGGUCAAUGGAGGAUCGGAAGACAAGAUCAAGGAGCAGGACGAGACCAUUGCUGAGCUUAACGCCAAGGUUCAAGAGCUAACAGGAUUCCUUCGCGACUCGACACGCCAAGUCCAUAGGUGGUUCGACGAGGCCCAGGAAGAAUGCGACAAUCAUGAGAAGUCGCAGAAGGAGGUAAAGAAGCGAGAUGAGACCAUCGGGUGGUUAAAGUGGGAGGUACAUGAACACUCGGAGACCAUCGCGAAGCUGGAGAAGCAACUCGUCGAGGCCAAGAAGAGUGAAGAAGUAGGCCUGGAUGUAAACGAGGUCACCGAGGCGUACACGCGAGAGCUGCAGGAACGCAAUGACGAGAUCGCCAAUUUGCAAGAGCACGGCAUAACUCAGAAGAUGGGGCAGAAGAGUGUCAAUGAGCUGAAGAAGCUGAGGAUCAAGGUCAAGGAGUGUGAUGCGGCUCUUGUGGGGUUGAAGCGGCAGGUACAGCAAAAGGAGAAAAAGAUCCACCGCUUGGAGAGCAAGCUUCACGACUUGGAGGACCCAUACUGGACAGGUGUGGCUUGA